CUAUCCUUUGAAAGACAAGAUGAGAUGUUGGAAAGUGUCUUUAACCUAUUGAUUUAUUUGCUUCGAUUAUUCUAAUCUAUUUAUUUUUUAAUUAAAUUUUCAAGUAAAACGCGAUCAUGUUGAUGGACUGAGAUUUGCUUUGUGUAUCAUGCCUUUGAGAAAGAGGCGGAAAUCACGAACAAGCUCAGAAUCAUCUGGUCUUGGCCAAUGUUUCAUUUGUUUGCGCCAAGACUCAAAUGAAUCUUUGAUUACUUGUCAAUUGUGUGCCAAUCAAUUUCAUUCUGUGAAAUGUCUUCGUAUGUUACCCAAUACUGUUAACAGAAUUCGAUCUAAUCAAUGGUCCUGUCCCAAAUGUAAAUCCUGUGAAAUUUGUGGACGUAAGACAAGAGCCUUACGGAGUGCAGCUGAAAACAAUUUACUUCUAUGUAAAGGAUGUGAUCGAGGAUUUCAUAGGAAUUGUAUCCAAACCGAGGAUGGUAUUAAUAUAGAGGAUGAGAAAAAUUGGCAUUGCCUGAAUUGCGAAGAUGAUCUAUCACCUUUAAAUGAAAACGAUUCAUCUGAUGAGGUUGACGAAAACAUCUCAGAGAGCUCGGAUGAAGAUGAAGAUAACAAAAUCGAAGCUGAUGAAAGUGACAAGAGUGGUGAAGAAAGUGCUGAAAUCGAGCCAGAUGAAAUAGAUAGUGAAAAGGAGGAUGAGGAAGAGGAUGAAGAAGACGAAGAAGAAGAUGAUGAAGAAGAAGAGGAUGGCAACGAAGAAGAUGAGGAUGAAGAUGAGGACGAAGAAGACGAUGAUGAUGAGAGCGAAGAUGAUCAGUACGAAGGUAGCGAUGAAAGACCUCAACCUCGUCUUACUCGUUCAAAAGCAGCCGCUGAGCGGUCUGAAUGUGACAAAAAUUCUGAAAUUCAAGCUCUUCACGAGGAAACAAAUAUUGAAGAUGAUAGUGCCGAUUCUGGCAGUGAUAAAGCAUCGAAGAUAUUGCCGCCUAAAGGAAAAAGAGGACGCAAGCGUAAGAAUGGGCUAACCCCGAGUAAUCUUUUAACACCAAAGAAAGUAAAAAGUGAAGAUGAAAAUAGUCGUAAUGAGGAAGAAGAAGCUCAAUGUCGUGUGCCUGGAUGUGAUUCCAAAGGACAUUUGAGUGGCAAAUAUUCAACUCAUUUCACGUCGUCGACCUGUCCCGUAUUUCAUAACUUAUCACACGAAGAGUGUGAAGAUAGAUACCGAAACCGUCUAAGGCGGAAAGAUGCCCGUGAAUCAAAUCAAAAAGUAUCAACACGGAAAUCUCCUUACAAGGAUGAAAAACUUAAUUGCCUGAUAGAACAAAGAAAAAAAGAAUGCAAUCAAAUUGCAAAUGGACCUAGUAUAAAAAAGAACAACUCUUCACAUUCGCUAACAUCGCGUGAACCUGAAUUGAAAUCAUUGGCUCCUAUUUUUGAUUAUGAAAUGUUUAGAGAAGCUCAAAGUCGAGCAGCUGAGCUGAUGCAAGAACAAAUGAAAGAAAAUCCUCCCAAAAAAACUGGCAUCAAAACUAUUGAGAUGGGCAAAUAUGAAAUGGAUGUUUGGUAUUCAUCUCCAUAUCCUUCAGAUUAUGCUUGUCUACCUAAACUCUACAUCUGUGAGUUUUGUCUAAAAUACUUCAAUUCAUCAUUGACCAUGAAAAGACACUCUUUAAAAUGUCCACUACAUUGUCCUCCUGGCAAUGAAAUUUAUCGCAAAGCUAAUAUCUCCGUGUUCGAAAUUGAUGGGGAGAAAAAUAAGCUUUAUUGCCAAAAUUUAUGUUUGCUGGCAAAACUAUUUCUUGAUCAUAAAACUCUUUACUAUGAUGUAGAGCCAUUCAGAUUCUACAUCAUGACAGAAUCAGAUAAUGAUGGUUUUCAUAUAAUUGGCUAUUUUUCUAAAGAGAAAAACUCUUUUCUUAACUAUAAUGUUUCCUGUAUAUUAACUCUACCACCAUACCAGAAACAAGGAUUUGGUCGUAUGCUUAUUGAUUUUAGUUAUUUGUUAACUCGAGUUGAAGGUAAAGUCGGCUCACCGGAAAAACCGUUAUCUGAUCUUGGUUUAAUCUCAUAUCGAAGUUACUGGAAAAACGUAAUACUUGAAUAUCUUUGUAAUUAUCAAGGAAGUGAAAUAUCAAUCAAAGAUUUAAGUCACGAAACAGCUAUAAAUGCAUAUGAUAUCGUUAGUACAUUACAAGCUCUCGGAAUGCUGAAAUACUGGAAAGGCAAACAUCUCGUUCUUACCCGAAAAGACAUUCUAGAUGAUUAUAAAACUAAAAACAAGAAAAGGAAAAAUACUAAAGCAAUUGAUCCGAGCUGCUUAAAAUGGACACCACCAAACAGUUCUAAUUCAAUUAAAUAAUUUUUUGAAUUUCAAGUAAUUUGAGUAAUUACUCUCGAUUCAUCAAAUCAAUUGGUUAUUUAAGUCAUCUAACUUCAUCACAUUUCGUUUCUUUUUUUUCAUCAUCAUAUUUCCUUUUAAUAAAACUAUCAAUUUAUAUGACUGUAACUACGGCUAUUCUAGCAUCUUCAUCAUGUUAGUUUCAUCCAACUGUUAUUCAAACAAAUCAAAAUUGUCAUAAUUUUUACUCAUCAUCACCCACAACAUUUAUCCUGAUUAAUUUAUUUAAACGACUUCACAUAUUCCAUGUUAAAGUGAAUUUGUGAUUAAUAAGCGUGUCAAUUACAAAAUAAUUAAUCAACAAGGUUCAUUAAAUCGAAUCCUAAUUUAUAA